AUGCCGAAUAAAGAAAGUUUUAUCGGCUAUACUUUUUUCCGUCCAGAAAAAGUGAAACGGUACACAGGGGCUGAUACGAUAUACUCCACCCGAAAAGGAAAGUCCUACAUCCUUUUACAUGUGGACUCGUUACAAAAAGAGAAAGAUAUGUUGACGAUUGUUACCAACAAUAGACAUAUAAUAAAGAAAUAUGAUAAGCCUUUUUCGAUUAAUUCAGAUCGGCCUAUGAUGAAUACUAAAUACAGAAUUUCAAAAUACUUGACGAGUGUAUUUUGUGGGUUACCUAUUGACAUAGAAACUAGAAACAAGUAUUUUUUAAGAAUACGUCAAUUAUUAUUGGAUAAACUUGUAGUUAUUGAAAAUAGAUUGAAGAAACAAGAAAAGAACAGGCAAACUACAACUUAUAUUAAAUUUAGUCAUGGUAGACGAACAUGGUAUUUGGGGUUCUACAUCCCAUGCUCAUUUUGUAGUAACGUCUGUGCUUACGUAAUGUCAAGAAAUAGAAAAGUUUGUCAAAAUUGUCGUUCGAAGGUGAUAGUAACUCCGACACCUCCGCCGCAAAAUGUAUUUAAGGAUUUUAGUAAAGUUAAACAAGUAAUAAGUAAACGUGUUGGCGUGUCUUAUACAAAAAAAGUUUCGAUGGAUGGUGGAGCACGUAAAUAUGCAGUUACGUAUUCAAAUUUGCAGAUAAACAAGCAAUUUAAGACGUUGAAAGAACAAGAGAAGUAUAAAAAGAGGUUUAAAAACAGCCUCAAGAGUAAUAAAAAUAAAUGGCAGGUCACAAAUAAUGGAAUUGGAUUAAAGGUACUUAUUUCCAAACAUAAGUUGAAACGUAGACAUGAUAUCCUUAAGAAACAAUACAUAUCAGAAAAAGAAAUGGAGUUUCUGGUAGAUCAAGUUACAAGUGAAGUUGGAUAUAAAAUGUUAAUAGAUGAUAUUUUUAUUAAUCAUUCUUUUAACGAAGAACAUUUCCUCGAAUUAAGAAAGAAAAAAGACGCUUCUUUUGAACGAAAAGAUAGUAAUGGUUUUAAAUCAAAAACAUAUAUUUCCAAAUAUUGGUUGAGACGUAGAGAAGAUAUCCUUAAAAAACAAUAUAUAUCGGUAAAGGAAAUGGAAUUUCUGAUGGACUAA